AGCCAUAUCCGUGCUAUCUGUGGGACAGAGACGAAGCAGAGCAGGCGAAGCAAGCGGAAAGCCACGACCGCCGCGAAAGCGAAAAGCAGAGGAGGGAGGAGGAGAUGAGACGAGACCACUAGAGCAGAGCAAAGCUGCGGGACUCCAGAGAGAGACACCCACAGAGAGGAGAUGGCGAGGCGGGGCGGCGAGAUCACGGCGGCUUUCCCAGGCGGCGGCGCCGGCAUUGCUGGGGCGUCGACGGGCACGCCGACGCCGGCGGCGAGCCCGUACCAGGUGGCUGUUGAAAUUGAAGAGCAAAUUUAUUCCCCUUUUGGCAACAUUGAGGUCCCAGAUAGUCGUGGUUGCUGCAGUGGGUUCACAGGCAGUGUGACCAAAGUGUUCUUCAUCCUCCAUCUACUUGCUUUCAUUGCCCUCACAAUCUUCCUAGGCGUCCAGGCCUCUUCCCACCAGAACCCUACCUACAAGCCCUUCUCCAACUUCAUCCCUCUGGUAUCCUCUGUCAUAGUAUCCACAAUUUCUGCCUGCUUCUGGGUUAUCCUUGCAGUCACAAACCCUCCAAAAGCCAUCAAGACCUCUCUCUGGGCUGCCCCUGUUUUUGCACUCGCUUGCGGUGUAGUCAUACUCCUCGUUGCUAAUAGUGCUGCACUUGGUAUUGGAGUGCUUGUAGUUGUAUUCGUCGUUGGAGCAGGACUAUACAGUUGUUGGGCCUCUGGUCCACGUCUUCGGCAUGCCUCUGAGCUGCUUUCCGCUUCUGUCACUGGAGCACACUUGCCACCUUCUACUUCUUGCUUUGUUAUCUUUGUCCUUCUUGCAAUGUUUGGCUAUAUGGCCUUCUGGACAGUUGCCAUCAGCUGCAUUGCUGCUGCAGAAGGGCACUUGAUGAACUACCGGAUGGCUUAUGUGGCAGCACUUCUGGUGAGCAUGGCAUGGACCAUGCAGGUACUGCGCUAUGUUGUCUAUGUGGCAGUGGCAAAAUUGGCACAUGUCCGGCUUGUCUAUGGUAUCCGCAUGCCAGGUGGUGCUGUCGAAGUAUUCUGUGGCACGAUAUUCGGACCAGCCUUUGGGGACAUAUGCAUGGGUGCAAUGGCUGUCCCAGUGAACUCAGCAAUUCGGGGAUUGGCUCGAGCAAUGAAAACGGCAGCUGGCGGCAAUGACGAGUUCAUUUUGUCAGGACAGGGCUGCUGCUUUUCUGUAUCAGAGAAAAUGCUGGGACGUGCUAACCGCUGGGGUUUUGUGCAUGUGGGGGCGCGGGGGAAGGCAUUCUGUGUGGCUUCGCGGGAUGUGUGGUCCCUUUUUGUUCUCCGUGGGAUAGAAAAUCUUGUUGAUUCAGACCUUACUGGUUCGUUCUGCUUCCUCUCUUCCGUGACAGCAGGCGCGUUGGCCUCACUGGUUGCUGGUUCAUGGGCACUAGCCACCGUGGAUAAAGAUCAGAAGAAGUUAGCUCUGCCUGUAUCCAUCUAUGCAUUCCUAAUCGGUUAUUACAUGUGCCGGAUGAUGAUCGCGUGGCCACAGGCGUGUGUGGCAGCUUACCACGUCGCAUAUGCAGAGAACCCGCAUAACCCCCAGCUGGGCACACUGAUACCAGAACAUCUGAGUGAGCUCCAAGCAAUAGCUGCAGAUCGUGAUCGUCCCAGAGUUGUCGAAUCUAAAGAUGACCUUGAUGAUCCGUAGAUCCUUCCAUUCUUUCAGUCAAUUAAUUUUCCUGAUCCCUGGAGCUUGAGUCUUAGACACCACUAGGAAGCAGAUACAGUUGCUGAUGGUUCAGGGCUGCUGCAGAUGGUAGAGCAGUGUGUGCUUGACAUAGGGUUUCUGCUUAUAUGUCCUGGUCGAAACCUCUCAUACUUAGUGCUGUAGAUAUUAUUGAGCAAGCUGAAAAAAAAAGGUGGUUUAGAUGAUCUGAGACACUAGCACAUAGAUGUACAGAGAGUUUAGCACAGCGAACAGACAUGCAGAAUGGAUAUAUUGUUUCAGUUAA